GUUAAAGGAACCUCGGCUAGGCUAGUUAGCACCGUGUUGUCGUGGCGACAUGUUCAGGUAAAGGUUGUGUUUUCAGCUUCAGGAAGACACAGAUGCCACUGACGUCAUGACAGCUGCCUUGGUGUGUGGAGCUGUGGUGUUUCCAGGGCUCUUCUUCAGCUUCAGGAAGGUCCUCAAAUACACCUGGACGGAGUGGAGCGACGCCGACGUCGUUUCUGUCAGUGAGAGACUGCUUUCUGCUGUCCAUGCAUCCUUGGCCACUGCAGCCGGAGUCAUGGUUGUUUCCUCCUGCAGGGAUGUGAUGACUGACAGUCACUGGCUGGUGAACAGCUUUGUCCUGUUGGGAGCUCCCUACAUGGUCUUUGACAUCUACGCCAUGUAUCUGAGCCACUACCACACUGAGAGGACCAGAGAUGGAUCCAGAGCUGUCAGGGGACACUCUCUUCAUACAGUCAGAGCUUUCCUCCGCAGGGAUUGGAUGCUGGUUCUCCAUCAUGUGGCCCUGCUUCUUGUUUUCAUGCCCAUCACACUGUGUUUCAGGAGAGGGCUGGGGGAUUUCUUCAUUGGCUGCCUGUUCAUCACAGAGCUCAGCACUCCCUUCGUCUCUAUAGGAAAGAUUCUUAUUCAGCUGCACCUUGAUGACUCCAAGCUGCAUAGAAUCAACGGCCUCAUUGUGCUCCUGACCUUCUUCACGUGUCGCAUCCUGCUCUUCCCUUUCAUGUACUGGAUGUACGGCCGGCAGUUCGGCAUUCCUCUGCACAGAGUGGCCUUUCACCUGCCUGUGCAGUGCAACGUGGGUAACCUGGUGCUCCUGGCUCCACAGGUCUACUGGUUCAUCCUGCUGCUGAAGAAAGCUCAGAGGCUUUACCUGAGGCAGAGGAGGCAGCAGGGUGACAAAGACAGGAUGAAGGCUGACUGAGGUGUUGGGUCUGUUUAAUUUAUGCCACCAAGACCAACAGAACAGUUAUUAUGGGUUUUUACCAAAAGCUUCAUGAGGAGCGAAACUUUGUCAACUGCAUCAGUGCAAAAAAGUUCUGGAUGUAAAUGUUAAACCUGCACUGGGUAGCCACACUGGCCAGUGGUCAUGUCUCUAUUAAAAGCUGGUGGAUUACAUUUAUUUCCAGACCAGAACCACAGGGUGUCCCUGUGUUAGCACACCAGCAGAGUCUGCACAACAUAUAAUCAGUUCAAUUCUUCUGCUUGUUCUUCCUAGAACCGGGUUGGACUGCCAGGUUUAUACAGUUUGAGUUGGGAAGGGAGAAUGAUCAGCCUGGAGAACGAAUCUGAUACAUGUUUAAUAUGAAUUUAUUUUUCAAUGCAUUUAGGCCACUUUAUUAGGUACAUGUUGCUGGUACCAGGCUGGACACACAUUUGUCUCAAAAACUGCCUUAAUUCUUUAUGGUAUAAAUUCAGCAAGGUGUAAAACUUUCUUCAGAUUCUGGUCCAUAUUGACGUGAUAGCAUAACAGUUUCUGCAGAUGAAUGUCCUCUUCCACCACAUUCCAAUGAUGAUCUACUGGACUGAGAUCUGGUGACUGUUGGCCAUUGAAGCAGUGAACUCAUGGUCAUCUUCAAGAAACCAGUUUGAGAUGAUCUGAGCUUUGAGACAUGGUGCAUCGCCCAGCUGGAAGUACACUGGUUAAUAGUUAGGAUCAAUUGGAAUGGAUGUACCUGACUUGAAAUCUGUAUGAUUCCACUGAAUUGACUUUAUAAAGUGCCUUGAGACGACAUGUGUUGUGAAUUGGAGCUUUAUAAAUAAAACUGAAUUGAAGUAGCCAUCAGAUGGGCACUUUGUUUUUCAGCCUGGCUCAAAGGAUACAGCAAAAAUGAGAUUAAACAUUUAUAAAAGAAAAA